CAGAUCUCAUCCAACGUGAAGAGUGAAAAAGUGAACACUCUCUUUCUCUCUCUCCUUCCUUCCCCCGCCAUUUUCCCCCAAUUCUCUCCUUCCCCCCAAAAACCCUAAUUUCAAAAUCAAACCGCCAUUAUCACUCCCCUCUCUUUCUCUCUCCUUCAAACUCUCCGCAAUUCCGAAACUCUAGAAAUCAUGCCGGCAUUAACAUCGCCGGGAAAAAUCCACCGAUUAGAGCUAGAAAACUUCAAAUCUUACAAAGGACACCAAGUUAUCGGACCUUUCUACGAUUUCACCGCCAUUAUUGGCCCUAAUGGAGCUGGAAAAUCUAAUCUUAUGGACGCAAUCAGCUUCGUUCUUGGAGUUCGUUCUGGCCAACUUCGUGGUGCGCAACUCAAGGACCUGAUUUACGCUUACGAUGAUCGCGAGCGCGAACAACGAGGUCGUCGCGCUUUUGUUAAGCUCGUGUAUUCUCUCUCAUCUGGCUCUGAAAUUCACUUCACUCGUACGAUUACGAGUUCUGGUGGUAGUGAGUAUCGGAUUGAUAGUAGGGUUGUUACUUGGGAUCAGUAUAAUGAGAGGUUGAGAGAACUUGGUAUACUUGUUAAAGCGCGGAAUUUCCUUGUUUUCCAGGGAGAUGUGGAGUCGAUUGCAUCUAAGAAUCCCAAAGAAUUGACAGCACUUCUCGAGCAGAUAUCUGGUUCUGAGGAGCACAAGAAGGACUAUGAGGAUCUUGAAGAACAGAAAGCCAGGGCAGAGGAAAAAUCAGCUCUUGUUUAUCAACGAAAAAAAACAAUAGUUGGGGAGAGGAAGCAGAAGAAGGAGCAAAAGGAAGAAGCAGAAAGACACCUUCGCUUGCAAGAAAAAUUGAAAUCUUUGAAGAAGGAACACUUCCUCUGGCAGAUAUACAACAUAGAAAAGGAUAUAGACAAAAUAAAUGAGGAAGUUGAAGCUGAGAAGGAAAGUCGGCAAAAACUUGUUGAAGAACAAAAUGAUUAUGAGCAUGAAAAACGUGAAAAGGAGAAAGAGCUGGCUAAAUACCAGAAAGAGAUUAAUAAACUCGAAAGGAAGAUUACGGAGAAAAAUAGCAAACUUGACAAGAAUCAUGAACUCUUGAAGUUCAAGGCGGAAAUGACCCGCAUAAAUUCAAAAUUGAAGAGUACUCAGAAAGAGCUUGACAAAAAGAGAGAAGAAAAGAAAAAGAAUGCUGGAAAAAUAGAAAAGCUUAAGAAGGAUUUGCUGGUUGUAACUGAAAAACUAAAAGACAUGGAGGAAAAUGAACCUGAUGUUGGGGGGAAAAUUCAAUUGACAGAAAAUGAGCUGCAAGAAUACUACCGUGUUAAGGAGGAAGCAGGGAGGAAAACUGUGAAGUUGAGAGAUGAAAAGGAGGUUCUGGAUAGGCAACAGAGGACGGAUGUUGAGGCUCAAAAGAAUUUGGACGAGAAUCUUCAGCAGUUGAAAAGCAGAUACGAAGAACUAAACUCGCAGGAGGAGGAAAUGAAGGGAAGACUGAAAAGAGAUCAAGCCGCAUCAAAGAAUCAUGAGAAAGAGAUGAAAAGCCUGAAAAAGGAUAUUGAGCAGAUGCGUGACAAAAGCCGAGACACAAAGCUCAACUAUGAGAAUUUGAAGAAAAGAUUAGGUGAAGUAGAAAAUCAGUUACGUGAAUUGAAGGCUGACAGACAUGAAAAUGAGAGGGAUGCCAGGCUCUCUCAAACUGUUGAUACUCUUAAGCGCCUUUUUUCUGGUGUCCAUGGUCGAAUGACUGAACUUUGUCGUCCAACGCAAAAGAAAUAUAACUUGGCUGUAACUGUUGCUAUGGGGAAAUUUAUGGAUGCUGUGGUAGUUCAGGAUGAAAAUACUGGAAAGGAGUGCAUAAAGUACUUGAAAGAGCAAAGACUUCCUCCCCAGACUUUCAUACCUCUUCAAUCAGUCCGUGUGAAGCCAGUUAUUGAGAGGUUGCGGACGUUAGGUGGUACUGCAAAGUUGGUCUAUGAUGUGAUACAGUUUGACCCAGCUUUGGAUAAGGCCGUUCUUUUUGCUGUUGGGAAUACAUUAGUCUGUGACAAUCUUGAUGAAGCCAAGCGUCUAAGCUGGACAGGGGAAAGGUUUAAAGUUGUAAGUAUUGAUGGAACUCUCCUGACCAAAGCUGGUACUAUGACUGGUGGCACAACUGGUGGAAUGGAGGCAAGGUCAAACAAAUGGGAAGACAAGAAAAUUGAAGAGCUUAAAAAAAAGAAAGAGCAACUUGAAUCUUUGCUUGAGGCUACUGAGUCACCUCGGGAGAUGCAUCUUAAAGAGACAGAGGUCUCUGUCAAAAUUAGUGGCUUGGAAAAGAAGAUGAAGUAUGCUGAAAUAGAAGAGAAAAGCAUUCGUGAUAAGCUUAAGAAAUUGGAGAAUGAAAAGAGGAACAUUGAAGAAGAAAUUCGCAGGAUUGAGCCUGAUCAUGCAAUGUUAGAUGCCACUAUCAAGAAAAGAGACGGUGAAAUAAAGAAGUUGGAGAAGAGGAUAAAUGAAAUUGUUGACCGCAUCUACAAAGAUUUCAGUGAAGCUGUCGGUGUUGACAUUCGGGCAUAUGAGGAAACUCAACUGACGGCUGAUGCAGAGACAUUCGAGAAAAAGGUUACCUUGCGUAACCAAAUAUCAAAGCUGAAGUAUCAGAUGGAAUAUGAACAAAACCAGGAUUUGGAUUCACAAAUUUUGCAGAUUCAGUCAUCUCUUAGUGCAUUACAAGAUGAUCUCAAAAAACUGCAGGAGAAGGAGGUUGAAGCUAAGUUAGAAAUGGAGAGUAUCACCACUGAGAUCAAUCAAAUGAAGGAUGAAUUACAAGAUUGGAAGUCCAAGCUGGAAGAAUGUGAACGUGGCAAGCAGGAAAUUGUGAAGAAAAUCUCCAGUGGUAUGACGAAUUUAGAUAAACGGAACCGCCAAAUUAACGUUAAGAAAACGCAAAUUGAUACUCUCUCAUCAAGGAAGCAAGACAUUAUCGAGAAGUGUGAUAUGGAGCAAAUAAGUCUGCCAACGAUCUCAGACCCGAUGGAUUCUGAUUCCAACCAAGGCCCAGUUUACGACUUCAGUCAGCUGGACAGAUCACUGCAAAAGGAUAUGAGGCCAUCUGAACGGGAAAAGCAGGAGGCUGACUUCAAACACAAGAUGGAUGCACUUAUAUCUGAUAUUGAUAGAACAGCCCCUAACCUCAAGGCUCUUGACCAGUAUGAGGCUCUAAAACAAAAGGAAGACCUGGUAAGUAAGGAGUUUGAUGCUGCUAGAAAAGAGGAGAAAGAAAUAGCCGACAGAUUCAACGCAGUUAGAGACCAAAGACACAAGAAGUUUAUGGAUGCUUUUAACCAUAUCUCAAAUAACAUUGACAAGAUAUACAAACAACUAACGAGGAGCCAGACACAUCCACUCGGCGGGACAGCAUAUCUGAAUCUGGAAAAUGAGGAUGACCCAUUUUUGUAUGGUAUCAAGUACACAGCAAUGCCCCCAACCAAACGAUUUCGUGAUAUGGAUCAACUUUCUGGUGGUGAAAAGACCGUUGCUGCUCUGGCGUUGCUCUUUUCUAUACACAGCUUCAAGCCAUCGCCAUUCUUCAUUUUGGAUGAAGUUGAUGCUGCUUUAGAUAAUUUAAACGUUGCCAAAGUAGCUGGAUUCAUCCGGUCAAAAUCCUGUGGAGGUGCGCGACUUGAUCAGGAUGCUGAUGGAGGCUGUGGUUUCCAAAGUAUUGUGAUCUCACUCAAAGAUAGCUUUUAUGACAAGGCUGAAGCUUUAGUUGGGGUUUACAGGGAUUCCGAGCGAAGCUGCUCGAGCACGUUGACGUUUGACCUAACAAAGUAUCGAGAAUCAUGAAAAUUCAAGAAGCCUUGUACAUAGCUUUCCUAAUACAUACUGUUUGUCUCUGCUUAAGGUUGGUGUAUAUAACAUUAGACUAUUAGAGCAUUAUUCAUCUAAUAGCUGUCCUUCCGUUUUAGGUUUCUCAACUGGUUUGUUAUCUUGGCAACCAGAAGUUGUAUGUAGUUACACAUACUAGAAAUUCUUUUAUUAUCUUUUUUUUGGUCAAAAUUUGGACGAGGUUGAAGCCUUUAUAUAUCCUCUGCUCUCUAAGUCUUUGCAUGAC